AUGUGGAAGUACAUGAUCCGCCACAUCCAGAUACUCGACGCAGCCAGCUUCUUGAAACCAAUAUCCAAUGUCACUUUCCGCCCAGGACUGACAUUGUGCGACACUUCGCUCUCAACUCGGACGACAGACAAAAGUCCAAUCACGCUUUCAUGGAUUACAAGCAACUCAUCUUGUCGAGGAGGAGAAGCAAGAAAUCACGAAGCAAGAAGGCGUGUGGCAAGGCCCCUUCGACGCAACAAGAAAGACGAUGCUGCAGGUUGUACGCACCUCAUCGAAGCUCAACAAUACGCAUAUCAUCCUAUGUUGGUGCAGCUUAAGGCUGCCCACAAAGGUCUCACGGAGUACAUGAGACAGGAGGACAUCGACGACGCUCCUCCUGGCGACACUGACGCCCAAGCUCUCGCGCAGGUGGUACUUGGUACCGUACGACAGCAUGUUGAUGUGCGCCUAGACGACUCAUUCAAUAUUGCCGAUGAAAGCGUUUGGUUCCUGGGCAUCGUGGCAAUUGCGCUCACGAAAGUUAUCAUCCGGUCGAUCACGAUACGUACAGUGGCCGACACGACAAUUCCAACACCACCUCACCAUCAAAAAGGUAACCCAAGCUGCACCGUCGCCUGCCCUCCUGCCAGUCAGGAUACUGAUGGUCCAAGACUCAACUUGCAGUUUGCAAGUGUUGGCAUUUGA